AUGGAACACGCUAACCUCCUGACCACUGAAAGAGGCGCGCCGGCGGCGGCGGCGGCGGCGGCCGACGAUGAAGCGACGGCCGAGACCAAGCGAGCGGCAAUCGAAGCCACGCUUCGCGUGGUCAACGAGCACGUCUUCCCAACGUGCUUGCGGACGGGAAACGACGACCCCGGCGACGACCCCGGCGACGACGCCAUCGACAACGACGCCAUCGACAACGACGCCAUCGACAACGACGACGGCAGCAGCAGCAGCAACGACGGUGGCAAUGGCGGGGGACAGACCGGGGUACCGUCCGCGGCGGCGGCGGCGGCAGCGGCCUUGCCCGCCCCCGCCGCCGUCAUCCUCGCGCGAGCUUCCGUCCUCGCCGAGUCGCUCUGCGCCUGGCGGCACUUCGACCUGCCCCUCCCGCCGCUCGAGGCGGCCCUACGGCGGCGGCUGGGAGACCGGGAUGGCGUACGCGUGCUUGCGGCGGUCUUCUUCCCGCAGCUGUCUCGCGACCACACACAACUGGGCCUUGUCUCAGGUGUUCCAACGGGAGGAGGCCCGCGGGGUAGGGGGGGGUCGCGGGAUGGAUGGCGAGGGCAAUCGUCGCUUGCUGCGACUGGCCCUCUGCUGGCAGCAGCAGGGACGGCGGUGACCCUAUCGUCGCUGGGGCCCACCGUCGCACAGAUGGACAAGGCACGGGAGCUGGGUCUCGCGCCUCACUUUUUGCUCGCGCUAAUGCGGUCUGCGGGAAAAACGCCGGCAGCGUCAGCCAGAGGGCGCCCCGCUGCACAGCAGACCGACAGUCCCCCGAACGUCGCUGGACCGGCUACGGAGCCGUCCCCGCUGACCCUUAUGCUCGACCACCGGGCGGGUAACGGCGGCGCAUCAUCGUCUUGGCUAGCGGCGGCAGCGCCCGGGCGCGAACGGUCGACGUCAGCCGCGGCGGGGAGGAGGAGGAUGAGAGGAGACCGCACGGAUGCCGCCAGCGCUUGGCCCCGGGGUCCCACCAACAGCGGCGCCGCGCAAGGAGACGCGCCGCCAUCAUCGUCGUCUGCCGCCGCUGACGGUGGUUGUUUGGAGGACCCUACCAUCUGGGUCUUUUCCUGCGGGCACGAGUUCUCGCUGGGGCACCUUCUCCGGAGCGUGGUGCCGGCGAGCGUCUCGAGCGUCCGCCAGGCCACGGCCUCCCUGCAGCGCACGCAGCAGGUGGUGGCGCUGGAGUACGAGCGGGGCCGCAGCGGCGCCGGGGCGGCGUGCCCGGAGUGCGCGGCAAAGGAGCUGGUGCGGCUGGCCGCGGCGGCGGCGGCGACGGCCGGCGCCUCCAUGAAGAGGGGGGCGGCGGCGGGUGGGGUGGUGGCAGCGGGUGGCAUUCCUGCCCCGCCGCCUCUGCCGCCGGCACGGCAGCUGCAGAUGCGAGACACCCAGGGGGUUCGAUAGCGGGACUGCUGUGUGGGUUUCGCGCUGCGCUGCUUUGGGGAUCGUCGGCCUCUCGGUGCGGGGCGAGCGGAGAGGGGAGGAGUGCUUGUGUCAACAGCGGGUGGAGUUGCCUACCUCUUUGCCUCUCUGGGCGCCGAUUCGUCCUUCGCAUUUUGCUGCAGCGUGUUUUUUGCGUGUGUGGUGUUCACCCCCCUCCCACCCUAUUGUUCGGGUAGCUUGGCUCCCGUCGUGAACGUUGUUGGCGGAUCUUCACCACACUUUUCCUUUUCCGGUUGGUCGGGUUGUACUCGAUUCGGGUCAGCGCGAAAGCCGUGCUUUUUUAGGAGGCAACACUCGAGGACUGCUGUGGUGACAGCGUUGGAGUUUCACUUCAGACAGAAGGGUGCAUUUCCACAAAAAAAACAUGACCACCCUAACAUCGGAACCGGCCUUAUAUUCCCGGUCAGAGGGAGUAUACUAAAGGCAGAGAAAUGUGAACGGCGUUUCAUCACACCCACUUCAAGAUCGACGAGGGAAACGAACAAUCCGCAUCGCGAGAGAU